AUGGUGAAUGACAACAAGUUCAUUCAGCGCCUCCCUAGGUGGGAAGCUAGCAUCUGUGUUGGCGCUGUAUUGAUCGCCUUGGCUUUCUCUGAGUAUCUCGUCCCAAGAAAAGUCAUUUCGCUGAGCACCGGAGAGUUGGUAUACUACAAUUACAUCGAAGGGUCCAUCCCAUUGUUCCUCAUCCUCAUCGCCGUCGAGUUCAUAGUAUUGUCGUUCCACAGGAGGCGUUUUACGUCCACGAACGAGGCAGAUUGGAUACCAGAAUCGGGUUACUACGAGGCUGCUGAUUCCUGGUCUUCCGUAGCAGCUGGGGCAAUGGACGUCCUUUUGAGCAUCAUGAUUUAUGAGAGGUUCCCUUUCAGAGUUUACGUGUAG